AUGACAUGGCACUCGAUGAUUACUUUAAAAGAAUUUUUAAAGGAACCCACCAAUAUUUCGAGCAGAAUUGCAAAAUUUUCGAAAGGCAUUCCUCGUGUCAAGACGAUCGUUGGUGGCGAUCUCAAUACUGCUUUCUUAUUAGAAGAUGGUACUCUUUUAGUUUCUUCAGCCAUUGUCGUCUAUGAAUACGAUCAGGAUCGUCCCAUUGCUGAACCAUGUUAUCAAAUCUUUCAUUAUCACAAUCCCAUUUUCAUGCAUCAUGUGAAAAAGGUGAUCUUUUCCAAGUAUAACAUUUUGAUCUUGUUGGAGGAGGGUUCUUGUUUGGUGUGUGGAGGAGGUGAAAUGUUGGGUCUUCAUGAAGACAGACAAGUUCAAGAUUUUCAGAAAAUUUCAUUGGAAGAAAAUGACGAACGUGUGGAAGAUGUCAUUGUGGGACAUUUUCACGUCAUUUUAAAAAGUUCGAAACGAAGAUUGUAUUCUUUUGGUUGUAACAGGUUUGGAAUUUCUUCAAAUUUUGAACAAAAUUCCGUCCAAGGAGAGGAUGAUCAAUCUCGUAGUUCGUUCUCAACACCCCAUGAGAAUGAUGAAAUGUCUUACACCUCGUACAUGUUUGAUCGAUUCCUUAAAAGAAUCAAAAAUAAUUCUCAAAAUGGAAACAUUUCGUAUGAUUUGGUCACCUGUGUGUUUCUUUUGAAUGGCAUUUCAGAUAUUGGAACUCCUUUCAAAGCAUUUAUUUUCAAUCCAUCUUACACCAGAACAUUCACUACCUAUUUUGGAAAAGAAGUUUCAAUACUUGAAUUAUCCUUCAACUGA